AUGUAUCCCUUCUCAUCGCACGAUGACUUCAGUGAUAACAACAUGUCAACAAUUCCAUUUACCAUUCCAAAAAAGAGAAGAGCUUUAGAAGGUGGUUCUGAUCUCAGAGACGCAUUUUCUUACAUUGAUACAGUUCCUAAUACAACGCUCUAUAAAGAAAUUGAAAAUGUGGUGUUUAAAUGUUUAUCUGAAAGCAGGCUGAGAUCAGCGUUGUGCAUUCAAAAUGUCAGAAAAAUUUCGAACAAAAUUCUUGAACAGAAGUUUUUAAACUACAAAGCAAAGGUGAAAACGAACGGAUACUCUGAUGCUGAAAGUUGGGCUUUCCUCCACGUUAAUUCAUUACAACAAGAGGAAGACGACGUAUUAAGAUCAGGCCUUCAGGUUAACAAUACUUACUUCAAUGAGCUAGGAAGAUCUGAAGAAGGAGUAUGCUUAUCUAGUCACCCCGAUCUAGUUACACCUGCAAAAUUCUAUAAGGAAACUCCUGUUAGAAUCAUACUUUUCAAAGUUAUCAAAGGAAGACAAAAGAAAGUAACAUUGGGUGCUAAACAUCCUGCUUCUCUAGAUUACAAUUCGUACGUAGCUGAAACUAAUCCCGGACGAGUGAAACGAAGUGAUAGAUACUCGAGGUUUAGAAAUACUAUGGUUUUUUUGUACGAGUUUGAUGAUAAUAGUUUCCCAGUAUCAAUUCCUACCGGUAUUUGGCCUUUCGCCGUUUUUGAUCUCACUCUUUUAAAUUCCUGGAAAACAGUUCCAUGUUUCGAGCAUCAUAUUAGUGGUUAUAAUGGCUGUGAAGAAGUAUGUAAAGCUGUUAUGAGUGCGGGACUUUUUCGUGAAAAGUUUGAGCUUAGCUCAGUUAGUGAUUCUAUAUAUGCUGUUCGUCCAGAUUUGUUAUACGAUUUCCAAGUGAAGAGGUACUGCAAAUGGGAGCACAUUGUUACCCACCCAGUUUUGAAAAACUUGUUCGAAGAGCAGUUCUGGAGCCAAUUACUGCAGACAAAAGAAAUUUGUGUGAAAAAAGAAAACGAAAGAUAUUAUCUAGCUCAUUAUUUGAUGAGAUCGUCAGGUUCGACAUUUGAAGAAAAAGUGAAUCAUAUGACGAAAGAAAGAAAAUGCGCCGUUGGAGGAAUGAAUACAGAAUACCUUCUCAUUCUAAUAACUCAGGGAGAGUUGGCUUCGCGCAUGGGCUUUCCAUAUCAAUCGGAAGAAGUGUUACUGCAUGCUAUUUUUCUUCGACAAGGGCAGAGUAUUAUUGGAUCUAAUCCCCUCAGCUAUGAUUUAUGGGCUUCUGAAAGAAGUAAAAAUGGAAUGAAAUUGGAUGAAAACUUUUUCAUUGAUGGAAAUUCCGACAGUUAUAUCGCAGAGUGCCGAAAGUACUAUAGCCUUCAAGUUAAAAAUAGUACGGAAAAUGCCGAAAGAAAUCAUCCUUCUGGAAGUUCAACACCUGUGCCAACUAAUGGAGAUGGAGCAUCGGGCGUCCGAGGUAUUCUGUCCACGAAAAAGCAGGAGUCACGAAGACCUGCUUUUGGAGGCAACUCCCGAGGCCAGAAAAGAAGAAUCCGGUGGGCCGAUAAUCAUGGAUUGCCUUUACAAGAAUAUUCUGUGAUUGAAAGAGUUGGGAACUCGCUCUCUGUGAACAGAUUGAGCAAGAGCGAACUAUUGCUUGAUACGAUGCGGCCAAGUCAUGAGGAACGUAUGCGAGCAUCUGCUGAAGAUUCAUCUCCACCUUCUAUCGAGAAUCAGAAUGUACCACCAACAACUUCACCAGCUGUAGUAUCCGAAUCAGCGCCGAGUGUUUCCAAUAGCAUUUUCCAAGAUGCUUUCAGUUCUCUGAAUACAAAAACAACUCUUCCGACCGAAUUGACUCCUUUUACUCCGCCGGGACAAUCCACUAGGACUGAACCCGUUGUGACUAAUUUUUCUAAACCACCUCCGUGUUCGCCUGAACAAACUACCACAGGAGUUCCAGAAUGUGUAACUGAACAGAGAAAGAGCGAUGAUAUGGAUAUGGACAUCGAUUCAGAUUCCGAGGAAAACAGAAGUUUCUCUCCUGUGCAUAAUGCUGUCCUGGAUCCUAAUGAUAUUGACUACGAUAGUCGUUUCAACAUUGCUCCAGUUUGUGAGGCUGAACAAAAAGAAGAUGAGCCUGUGGAGCCUGAACAAGUGCUGCAAGCACCUACCAAACCAGUUUUAGAACAUGACGUAAUUGUGUUAAGUGAUGAUGAAGCAGAGGUUUCGCAAUCUACGAAGAAGGGACAAGAUAAUGGUGAUACAUCAACCGUCGAUGAAUUAUUGAGAAAUAUUCUAGGCAAAAAAGACAAAGAGAAGGACACGAUUCCCAACGGGAAUGUUAAUAAUUUCUUAGAUAUAUUGAAACCUCCUGUCUCCCGAGAAGAAUGCAAGCCAGCUAUAGCAAUACCCGUAACGAAGCGUAGAUCACGUUUCGACAUACCACCAUCCGAAGUACAACCACCAAAUCUUGGUCAGUUCUCGUCUCCUCAACGUGGCUUCGACGUACAGUCUCCAGCUGUUUCACCGAUGCCUAGUAUUAUUAGGCCUAGCGAGAGUGACAAAGAAGAGAUCAAAAAAACCAAACUAACUUUUGAAAUAAAAAAGAAACCAAUGAGCAAGUUCCAACCUCGUGUUGGAGAGUGGAGCCCUCCCUUCGUUGGUAAUGUUUCGGAUAUACCUUUACCAGGUAUCGACAAGGCUUCAGAGACGAAAGCAAAUGUCGCAAGAAACCGGCUGAUGUCUUUACUUAUGACAAAAAAAGGAGAUCCGGAAACACCGAUGUUCAGUUCAUCUCUGAACUCUGCAGCCUCACUUCCAGCUUCUAUUUCUUCCCCCGUUCGUACUGGUCCUAGUUCAUCACCUAAGCCGACAAAUUUCAACCCACCUUCUGCAGCUCUGCGCCACCAAUCAAACCUGUUUGGUACUCGCAAUAUUCCUUUACAGUCCGACGCCUCAUCAGUAUUCGCUAGUCAUCAAAAUAACUCUCCUAAUUUCAAUCAGAAACGUUUAUUCGCUAAUGCUUCUCCUGAGCCUGACUUUGACCCUGGAAUAUCAACCCCUAUUCUACUACUGUCUAACUCUGACACUCCUGAAAGCUCGAAAGCGCAGUCUCUGAUUCGAGAAAUACCAUUAGGCUCAGUGAAGAGAAAGCAGAAGAAGCCGGUACGCCUCAGUGACCCAUGUGAGGAAGAAGAAGGCGAAAUAGUCAGUGAUGAAGAAGAGCAGUCAAAAUCAACCAAACUGAUUCCCGAGGCGGGAUCCAUAAGAACUUCUCCCAAUACCAGACAUGUGCCCGAGAUGCGUGGCAGUUCUUUCACACCAGUACCUGUCGAACCGCGAUCUCAACAGCGCUUCCAUUCUGUCAAUAGUUCGAAGCCAGCUGACUGGGCAUAUAUCAUAGUUCCAGAUGUUUUGAGUUUCGAGCCUCAUUGCUUGAACCCAGUGGAUUUUCGUGCUUUCUGUGAAAGAAUGAUGAGUAUUAAUUCUUCCAAAAUUAGAGAUUUUUUGAAGAGUUUUAUUAAACUGCAUCGUCACUGUCUCAAGCACGUGGAAAACAAGCGAUUGACCGCAUCCGAUGAACAAACGAGAAAAAUUUUUGAAAGCUAUUAUCAGACAUUAACGGAAUUUGAGAGAAAAGGAUUAAUUCACAUCAUGCCGGAACAUGAGUGUGAUGAGAAAAAUGGGAGAACUCAAAAUGAUAUCACUCACUGUUUGAAGUUAGCUCUGUAUAACUAUAGGAGGAAGCACGUGGAAACAAAAUUAGUAUACAUGUCAAACCAACAUUCGACUUCCGCACUAGGACAGGCUUUAUCGAAGACCGCUGUUCCUAUUAUCACCCCUCAAGCCCUUUUCUCUGGAUUCCCACAUAUUUUUAACAAUACAUAUAUGUAA